AUGCAACAAGUGACCGAAGUCUCGUCGUUGGCGCAGUGGAAGGCGUUCGUAUCGACGCCCAAGGUGACCGUCCUCUUCUUUUACGCCAAGAACGUCAGCAUUGCGUCGAGUGACAGCGGCGCAGAUUGGCUUGGACCUGCCAAUGUCCUCUUCACGCAACUGGCAACGUUGCACCCGCGGCUGUCGUUCUGCAAGGUCGACGCCGAAGCGGUGCCUGCGCUCAGCACCGAGUUCCGCCUCGAAGUCGUGCCCACAUUCAUCAUCAGCGUGUCCUCCAACGUCGUGGAUCGCAUCGAAGGCAUGAAGGUUGCUGAAGUUGCGCAAGCCAUCGACCGCGCCAGCAAACGCCUCGCUGACCCAACCUCGGCCGUCCCUACCGACACCAAGGCCGCCGUCCUCGAUGAUGCACUGCGCAACAGACUGCUCAAACUGACCACGGCGUCGCCGGUGAUGGUGUUCAUGAAAGGCAGUCCGAACGAACCCAAGUGCGGUUUUUCCCGCAAGACGAUCGGUCUGCUCAAGGACGAGAACAUUGAGUGCGGCACGUUUGACAUCUUGACCGACGACACGGUGCGCCAAGGCCUCAAAGUGUUUUCAAACUGGCCCACGUUUCCGCAAGUGUACGUGAACGGCGCGUUCGUCGGCGGGUUGGACAUCCUCACGGAAAUGAAGGAAGAAGGGCCGUUGGCCGACCAAUUCGGCAUCCAGCCCCUCAACGACGAUGACGUGGAGAAGGCGCUGUUUGCGAGCUUGACGGACCUGAUCAAGUCGGCGCCCGUGCUCUUGUUCAUGAAGGGCACGCCGAAUGAGCCCAAGUGCGGGUUCUCGCGCAAGACGGUGGAGCUUCUCCGCGGCCACCAUAUUGCAUUUUCCACGUUUGACAUUUUGUCGGACGAGUCGGUGCGCCAGGGGCUCAAGAAGAUGUCCAACUGGCCCACGUACCCGCAGCUGUACGUCCACGGCGCACUCGCGGGCGGCCUGGACAUCCUCACGGAGAUGGCGGACGAAGGCGACUUGGCCGACCAGUUGGGCGUGGCGAAGAAGGAGCCCAAGCGCGAUCCGUCGGCGGACCUCGGGGCUCUGGUCAACCGGGCACCGGUGAUGAUCUUUAUCAAAGGCACACCCGAUGCGCCACAGUGUGGCUUUUCGAGGCAGUUGAUUGAAACGUUAAACCAAGCUGGGUUCACGUACGACUUUUUCGACAUCACCACCGACGACAAGGUGCGCCAAGGCCUCAAGGCGUUCUCCAACUGGCCGACGUACCCGCAAGUGUACGUCAAGGGCGAUCUCAUUGGCGGGCUUGACAUCAUCCAGCAACUCAAAGACGACGGCGAGUUGGACGCGCUCAAACCUUAA